CGGGGCUGCCCGGGGCUGCCCGCAGCGGGGCCUUCCCUCCCGGGGUGACGGAUGGCCGCUGGCCGCUGCAGCCGGGCCGGGAGGCGGGUGUGACGGGCCGCCCUCCGCGCCAUGGACAGCUUCCUGGAGGAGGAGGAGGAGGCGGCGGCCAAGACCCGGGCCGCGCAGGCGAGGAGCAGCGGCCUCCUGCCGGGCCUGCACCUGCCCGUGCUGCCGCCGCACCUCUACCGACCCGCAUCUUCACAAGAACACAAGUUAAAUUUCAGGAAGAGCAAGGAGGUGUGUUUAAGUUACAUUCAGGAUGCCAUGCUACAGAAGCAGUGGAAAAGAGCGGCAGAGUUUCUGACCUUCUAUGUUGAGUCACUAGAGAAAGACUUUUCUAGAGAAUGCGUGAGUCCUUCAGAGAUUAUUUGGAGAACAGGAACUGAAAUUCUGUGCCAUCAUUCCCGUGGCAGCAUGAGAGAGUUCAACUCCUUCAUAGAACAGAUGAAAACUUUGGGAGUAAAAAGGUAUUUGAAGGUUUGUUUAGAGCAUGCCUUUCACCUCCUUUGCAAUGGACUAAUAGACGAUGCUUACCAAAACCUGUCCCUGGCAGAAAGCUGGAGGUAUGGAGAGCAAACAGCCAUUCAGGAUAAAGAAAUGAAGCUGAUUCAAGCUUACAGGGGGCUGUUGGACUACUAUAGCUGGUCUAAGCAGAAGAACAUCCUAUUAGAGCAUGGGCUGGAUGGAUUUGAAGACUUGUCUAUUGAACAGGAGAUGCACAGUUGUUUUCGGAAGGCAGCGGUGAACUUAAAGGAGAUUAUUAAAAUACCUGGAGUCUGGGAUCUCUUUGUGAAAUGCUAUGUGGAUUUGUUGGAGUUCUAUGGAGACCAUAACGAAGCCCGCCAAGUGUUAAAUGAAUAUGCCUACAACUCAAAGUUUCCUGCUAAUCCCAAUGCUCAUGUUUACCUCUACCAGUUCCUGAAGAGACAAGGUGCAUCUAAGAAAUCACUCACAACUGCGCUCAAGAUCUUGCAUGAUAUUGUUCCUUCUCAUGAACUAAUGAUAGAUUUUAAUACCAUGCUUCAAAAAUCAAAGAAAAGAAAAAAACGUCGACUGGGGCUUGAAGUUAUUUUUGCAGCCUUGGAUUAUGCUGGCUGGAAGGAAAAUGUGAAGGCGUGGAGCUGUUUGGCAAGACAGAUGAAACAAAUUGUAAUGUCUGAGAAGCAUCUUGACUGGAUCAAGCAAGAGUGGAACUCCAGAAAGGACUGGUGGCCAGUCUUCCAUUUUAGCCGUUACUUGGCAAAAAGGAAUUGGAAGGAAAAUGAAAGCCUUUCAUAUGAAAAAGCUCUGGUGGCUGGAAUCUUGCUAGGAAAAGAUUGCAAGUACUUUAAGUAUGUAUCACACCAAGGCUGCAAAGCUCAGGUGAAAAGGUUUCAGCUACUGAAGAAAUUUGUGAAUAAGCAUAAUCCUGUCUACCUGAGAAUCUCUGGUGCUUCAGACUGUUCUGUACAACCUUAAUUAGAAGGUGCCCAUAAGGUUCUUGCUGUAUUUUUAAUUGUCUGUGAAACUUAUCUUCUGUAUUGGUGCUAUUCUAAAAUGUCCAGGCAAGCCCUAUCAACUCAGUACUAGACUUCUAAAAGUAUUUUUGUAAAAACACUUUGGUUUGUAUUUAUUUUAUAAUAAAAUUAAUAUAAAUCAACUGAUGAGGUUGAGGAAUUUCUUUAAUGUUAGUCCUAUAUUUCUGUGUGAAAUGCAAAUAGCAGUGAUUUCAAGUACAUCUUGAAUACAUUUUUUGCAUUGCAUAUUGAGAAAAAUUAUAGGAUGUGAAGAACUACUGUGGCUUAUUCAAAUAGUUUAUGCACUUCAACAUAUCCAAAGGCAGUUUCCCACAUGUGAUACUUAUGGGUUGUGUGUCCAUCUGAGGGAUAGUUUUCACAUCAUUGGUAAGACAGUGAAAGGUUGCUGCAGCUGUGUGGCUGGAGAGGGAAAUUGGUGUUGCAGUGCUUUGAGAGAGCAAAGGCACAGAACUACUGAAAACUUCUCUACCCUGUGGAAGAGACUUUCUAGAAUCUUUUUGCAGCCUUGCCUGUGAGUUGAAAUAUACACUGUUCUGUGUUUGGAAAGCAAAUGUUGUCACAAACUAGCUUUCCAGUUUGCUUGAAAACAACAAGAAAAUUAUUUCCAAAUACUAGUUCUGUUUUAAUGACAAGUCUGUAGAAUUCUGCUGGAUGAACUGCUUGCACUACCUCUGGAAAUGAAAUAAAGAUGUCUUUAGCAUGGUAGUAUAUAGCUAAGUACAGCUGUGCUUUUAAAGCUGAGUGUUUAUCUGGAAAUUUGGUCUGGGUUAAUCUGGGUCUUGUGAUAUGUGCCUUAAGGUGUCCUAAUUAUUAAGUGAGCUACUUGCUGUAAUUGUACAUUUUAUCAUGAAAAAAGGGAAUUGUCGUUCUCAGCCUGUGUACUGGUUUAGUUCUGACUCCCUAAGAAUGCUGCUGUAAUAGUAAAUUUUUUUGAUUGGAGAUCUUCAACUGAGUUAUGACUAUUGUGAGGUUUCAAAAUGCUCUUCCCCUGUGUUCCACAAGAUGUCCCACACCUCUGGGAAACAACCUCCCCUUAGUCUGAAAGGUGGUAAGAAAGUUGCCCCCAGUGACUCAUCUUGAUGGGACAAUGGAGCUAAGGCUGUCCUGGGACAGCCCUUAGAGGCAAUUGGAGAGGGUGAGCCUUCCCUGGAGUCCUUAUUUUGGCUUCCUGCCUGCCAUUGUGCCCCUCUUGCUCUUCAGGAUUUGCAAAGAUGGGCCUUUGAUGGGCUGGUUCCUCUCCUGUGAUGGGCUUGGGAGCAUCCCAGCAGGGUAUUAUUUGAGCUUCCCACUUCCAUUGUCUCUCUGUGCUCCUUUGGGGGGGUGCAGAGGAGCUUUUAUAUAAUCUAACGCAAAACAGAGUGAAAAUUGAGUGCUAGAGCCCUUGCUGCUUGUUGAGAAUUCCCAAAUAAUUUUCCUUCUGUCACCCUAGCUUCCUGUGGGAUAUGUUUGCAUUUCAGCAGCUGAGAAACCAUCACUUCAUUGAGGAAGAAAUGUGAAACAAAGCAGCAAAGGUUGGGGUGGAGGUAAGAAGAACAAAGAGGAGCUCUGAUGUCUUUGAAAGAUCUGUUAAUCCAUUGUGCUCACAGCUUUCUCCUAAGACCUCUGGAAGCAGAGUUGCCGCCAGGCAUCAUGUUCUGCCCUGGUGCUAGGACUACCAUGCUGCCAUCUGCAAGCAGAAGAGCAGCACAGCCCCAUCUUUCAUGUAACUAUCUCAAGCAUUGAUUGCUCCUUCAUGUCGUGCAAGAAACUGGCUAUUUCCUGACACCAUAGUACUUACACCUAUGACAAACCUGUAGGGCACAAGUCCUGAGUGGAAUUUCCUGUGGAAGUUACUUGGUGCAUACUGUGUUUUGAAACUUGUGUAUUGUACUUUGAAUAUAACUCCCAGUGUAUUUGAAUAUUCUGCUUUGCCUCUGAGUUCUGUGGUCUAGAUUUUAUUUUCUUAUGACUUGGCAUCUUCAUCCUGUGUGCAAAACGUCUGUAAG